CCGUCACACUCAAACCCAACACCACAAACCAGACGCAGCGACAGUUUAACUUUCAUUUCACACAUUUGGAUGUGUGUGUGUGUGUGUGUGUGUGUGUGUGUGUUUGGGGUGUGUGGGGUGUGUGUGGAUAUGUGUGUGGGGGUGUGGGUGUGUGUGGGUGUGUAUGUGGGUGUGUGGGGGGUGUGUGUGGGUGUGUGUGUGUUUUAAUAUUUAAAUAACAUGUUCCUGUAUUUAUAAUCUCCCUGUGGGUAGAAUCCUGAGGGAACCGCUGUGUUUUUGAGCAUGGAGGGAUGGAGAAGAUAGAGAGAGAGAGAGAGUGAGAGAGAGAGAGAGCGAGAACAACACACACACACCGCUCAUAGCCCAAAGACUGUGCUUUUUUUUUUCUUCACUUGUUCAUCUUGUUCUCUAUUGAGAUUUUAUCCUUUGCCCAUAUUAAUGCUUUGGCAAUACAUUGUACAAUUCGUCAUGCCAAUAAAGCUCAUUUGAAUUGAAUUUAAUUGAAAGGGCAAACAAUGAGAGAGAGAGAGAGAGAGAGAAUGAGAGAGCAAGAAUGAGAGAGAGGAGGGAGGAGGAGGGAGGUAGCACAGGUGAGACACAGGUGAGGAUUCUCAGCAGUGUCCUGCACUCAUCUCUGAACAGUGGGGAAGCUGGAGCUCAUCAUCGUGUAGUAUGAUUCUGACGUACGGACUGUAUUCUGGAGGGCCGAAAAUGCGUUGGAUGCUCGGUGUGUGGUUAGUGGCGCUGUUCUCCAUUCUCGCCAGAGGACACAACACACUGUAUGAAGGAUACACCCUCUCACCAUCAGGGUACCAUGUGUGUCCCGGGAUCGAGAUCGUUCCCAUGACUACCGUGAUCUCCUAUAAGAGCGCUUACACCCAGAUGACGCCGUGUGGCGGGUGGCUGCCAUGGAAAAUGUGCAACGUCACACGUUACAGCACACUGUACCAGACACAGGUCGUCCACUCCGAGAAACAGACAAUGAAGUGCUGCGAAGGCUACGAGCAAGUGGGCAGUUACUGCGCUCUGUCCCUUAACAGGAGUUCGGAGUUCACAGCUAAACCUGGAGUUUGUCCUGUACUUCCUGUCUCGGGAUCAGGUUCAGGGUGUCACUGGGACACGGACUGUCCCGGCUGGCAGAAAUGCUGCCAAACAGAAAACCAGACUCUCUGUGUGGAGCCUCAGACAUUCGUGAACAUGAGUUCGUGGCUGAACGUGACAGUAACUGUGAAAACAGCGUACAGUUUGGUGAACACGAGGGGCGGAAUCUUCAACCACACACGCCUGCUGCACUCUGUGGUGACAGGAGCUCUGAGCUCUCCGCAGGUCUCAGUGUAUCACACACACUCGUGGUCUUCAGGAUGGUUCAGUACAUCCUCAUGUCUGCUGCUCGGCUCGGAUCGGCUCCUGUCCUUAACCAACAUCUCUGACACACUUCUGCUCCUGCUGGAGAACAUAGAGGAGGUGACGGCUGUAGAUGUCAGGGAUGUGAAUGAGUGUGCCACGCCCCUGCUGAGGGACUGCUCUCCCCUGGCCUACUGCAAUAACACUUUGGGCUCCUAUAACUGUGUGUGUGCUGCUGGAUCCGCAGAUCUUCAGCCCAGCAGGCCAGGAACACAGUGCACGAGUAUUCCUAAGAUCCCCAAACUCUGGGCCAAAAACGUCACAAGCUCCUCCUUCAACCUGUUGUGGGACGUUCCCACUCAGAUCAACCUCAUGUCAAGCCUCGUCCUCUUCCACGGGACUCAUCAGAUGGGCCCCUGGGUAACGACGUUCUCCAACUGGACAUGGACCAACCUUCAGCCUGGGGUUCUGUACACCGCUCAAGUGUCCCUGUGUAUGUGUGGUUACUGUGGGAAUGCCACCGAGCUGAAAGUAAAGACAGAUGCACAGACUCUCGAAGCGGUUGCCCGUAUAACCAGCAUAAACUUCACCAAUGAUCUUCUGGACCCGAACAGUGAAGAGUACAAGAUGUUUACCGAAAAAGUCAGGAACGAGGUAAAGGCUGUCUACAUGGGAAACAGAGCACUUUUGUGCAUCACAUCUCUUUGUCCUGUCCUUCCACAGACUCUUCAUUAUCUUCCUUCCUGGAUCCUGGACUUGGUUCUCUCUGGGAAGGUCAUAGUGUUAAUUACUCAUCUGUCUCCAGGCAGCGUCGUGGUCACGUUCACCCUCGUGUUCCCUCCUGACAGCACACUGGACAUCUCUGCCAUCGCUCAUAAUCUGAUGGAGUCCCUGGAGAACAGCACGCAGUUCAUCGUCGACAGAAACAGCAGCAAGAUCAUGGACGUGAAUGAGUGCGCUCUAGGCAAGAUCGACUGUUCCCCGUGGGCCAGCUGUGAGAACACGUUUGGUUCAUACAUCUGUGAGUGUUACUACGGUUACACUGAUGCAAACCCUGAGAGGCCGGGACGCACCUGCGAAGCGAACAAUGUGCUAGCUUCCACUUCGUCUCCAAACACCACGAGUCCAUCUGCAGAGGUCGUCUCUACAACAUUCAUCACGAGCACGCUCUCUCAAAACACAACCACAUCCAUGUCCACAUCCACUCCGAUCACUGAUAAAACCACAACAUCCUCUUUAUCAUCAUCUAUAUCUAUAAACUCCGUAACACAAGACACCAAUGUAAUGGUCAAUUCAUCAACAGCAGAGCCAUCUGUUAAUAAAACCAGUGAAUUAAUAAGCACACCAUCCACCACAUCUUCUUCUACACCAUCAUCCACUUCCAGCACCCAAACCACUGCAACAACAAAUUUAACAUCACCCAUCUCUCAAACGGAGUCCAUCAGCGUGGAGUGCGGUCCCGGGUUCAUGGUCGUAUCCGUGUCCCGAAAUUUCCUGGACUGGAAGCACAUCUCCGAGUCCUCGCUGUACCUGGGCGUGCCCAGCUGUAACCUGACUGCGGGGAACGUCACCCACGUCAUGCUCUUCGUGGCCUGGGGAAUGUGUGAAACUCAACUGCGGAAUAACAGCCAGAACAGCACAGUGCAGGUGACUCUCUAUAACACGGACGCUCGGCUCCAGGUUCCUGUCAUCUGCACAUACAUCAACAGUUUUAUCAUCUCCGCUGGAUACAGUUCCUCUGGGUACGAUAUGAUUAACAAUGUGGUUGAGGGAUCUGGGAUGUACCAUGUGACAGUGCGAUUGCUGAACGGGACGUACCCUCUGCCUCAGAACUACACGCUGUCUCCGGAAGAUGAGGUCAUCAUCGAGGUGGGGCUGAGCUCCAACAUGUCGCAGAUUAAAGUGGUCAUUAAUAAAUGCUGGGCCAAUCCCAGCAACAACCCGGCCGAGCUGCCCAACAAUGUCUUCUUUGAAAACAGUUGUCCCGUCCCAGACAGAUUCACCAAGGUCCUGCAGAACGGUGAAUCCACUCGCUCUCUGCUGGCUGUAAAUCUUUUCCAGCUGGUGGAAUACGACGUCAUUUACCUGCACUGUCAGAUUCAGAUCUGCAUCGAGAUGUCCACAGCCACGUGCCGCCCUGAUUGUAACACGGUUCCCCGGCUGGCGAGAACCUCCAGAGGUGCUAAUGUGAUCGGGAUGGCUAAAGCCUCAUGCGGUCCUCUACUGAGGUCACAUCUGGGUGAGCAGAUCGCCUGUCACGGUAACAGUAACUGUGUGUGUGUGUGUGUGUGUGUGUGUGUAGAAGUGACCCUGCAGGACACGGUGUGGAACGUGCGCACUCUCGGCUUCAUCCUCUUGGCGUUGGGAGUGUGUGUGUUGGCGUUCGGAGCCGUGGCUGUGGUUAUGUUCUGCAGACGCAGGAUGGGAAACUACAGCUUCCAGUUCAAGCCACGUGAGGAGAACUUCACCUACCACGUCUUCGACGCCUGAACACGUGAACACGUGAACAGCUUCAGUCCUGCGCUCGCUCCAUCACUGUCCUGCAUUUAUUCUGCUUAUAGAACUACCGAACAAGCUGUAGCGUGCUGCUGUGUGUUAGUCCACGUAAAUAUUACCAUUACUAUUGCUGAGCAAUAUUUACAUCAUCAUCAUCAUCAUCAUCAUCAUACACAACACGCUUUCUCUUUCAAUGGUGUUGAUUUUAAUUUGUCUGUUCUUACGUUCUAAUUUGUUCUCUCUCACGUCCCUCUUUGUAUUUGAGUCUCUUUUUCAUCUCAUCGGGUUUCCCCUUGCUGCAUUACAGUGUAAAUUUACAAUGUAAAGCUAUAACGUUAUAAUGUUUUAAAAACAAAGUGAUAUAAGAAUACGAUUUCAGUCACAAUGAUAUAUUACAAUUUAUAUAAAUAUCGUUAUAUUUUGUUUAUAUUGUUCAGAAUAGUGUACGUAUAAUUCAUUCAGGUCAAUAAAUCUAAUCAUCUCAAACACUCUGUGUGUGAAAGCGUUUUGCUCUUUAAAUGAGAUACAUUGCAGAAAUUUGCAUUU